UCACUUUUAGCAUCUUACGAAGAUGAAAAGCCCCCAUGCAAUUUUCAGGAAGACCAUAUUGUCUGGGAUCGGCAUUAUACGCUCAAGGUAAGCUUAAAAUACAAAUUAAGUGAUUUGGUUAAAAAAUUUCCCGUUUUGGGUAAAACUGGUUCGGAAAAGACUACGAGUAGUCCCCAUUUUUCCUCAGGGAUAGUAGAGCGCACGUGAAAAUCACCCCACGCAUUACGCCUUUCUCGCGUGAGGUGAUUUUCACGCGCGCUCGCGUUUCGCUCGCUCUAAUAUCCUUGAGGAAAAAUUGGGACUGCUCGUCGUCUAGGUUCGGAAUGAUUCAAAUUCUAACACUCUUCAGUUUGAAAAUGAAUUUACUGCGGGAAUUCUAAUUAGAAGAAGUAUAAAAUAACUCCUUAAUUCUUUUAAUCAUUUUUGUCAAAUUCCUAGGAUCAGUAUCAUUAAAUUUCACCUGUAUCCAGAAAUGUACAUGACCCGGUCCCUCCAGGCACUUCACUUGACUUCUCUUUGAUUCCUUGUAAUUUUCAUAUAUUUGACUUCAUGUUUCAAAGAAUUACUUGCAUUUGGAUGACGAUUAUCGCUAGGAUAGGGGAGACUUUGUGAUAUCUAUUGUAACCAUUAUGAAUCUCAUAAUAGUGUUUUUCUGGGCAUAAUUUGUUAAUUUUUAUGGGCUGUCAAAUGGCGUUACUAUUGUCUCGCCCAUCAAAGACAGUCUUGGAUUCUGGAUUCCAUUUUGUGGAUUCAGGAUUCUAGGAUCUGUAUUCCGGAUACUUUGUCGGUGGAACUUACCCCAGUCGUUGGCGGGAUUCCGAAUUCCUUUGAGCUGAGUUCCGGAUUCCAAAGCACAAGAUAUAUUCUCGUUUCUACAAACUCUCGAAUCCAGAUUAAAUUACAUGGGGCGAAUUAUACACUAUACGUUUCUGGGAAACUGCCCACCCACCCCUUCCCAAAGCCAACAUUAACACUUACUUCUCAACUCAGGCAAAAUGUUUGCUUAGGGGAGGGGUAGAUGGGAAGAAUCCCAGAAACGUAUAAUGAUCCAUUAUCAUACCAAUUUUCAUACUGUAUUAUCAAAGAAGUAUGUCAUAUUCUUUGUGCACAGGAUUUGUCCCGUAUCGAGGUGAAGAUUCAAAGCGUCGAAAGUCCAACUUCGCUGAGCGGCAACUUUUUCGUUCCUAUUACAGAAGACAAAGAGCGAUGUCGCUCUCCAGAACUCUUAUACCCACCUAUUGCGAAUAUAGCAGAGGUAUUUAACGUAUUUGUUACUACGCUGUGCUGUAUUUUGAACCGCGGCAGGAUUAGCUCAGUACAAGAGAGAAAAUGAGACAUAGAGGGAAUCUUAGGGCGUUGGCCAGGAUAUGUGAAUUUCCUAAAGUCAUUUUUAGAGGUUGUAAGUAAACGGAAGUCUAUUUACUCGGACGUGCGCAGAUUUAAAUCGAUGGUUUGAAAUAUCAUCAAGUCCUUUGACUAGCUCAAAGCGAAAAAUACAGAAUAUUAUAAUGGCGACUCGGUUGAAUUCUCUCUUAAACUGGCAAUGAAUGAAAAUUUGCGAAACUCCUCGGAAAUCAUCUUCCGAUUAAUUUAAGCGUUCAUUGAUCUAAAAAUAACUUUGGUGAAAUUUGCAUACCCAAGAGCUAGACUACGAGUGGUCCCCAUUUCUCCUCAGGGAUAGUAGAGCGAGCGAAACGCGAGCGCGCGUGAAAACGAACGCACGCGGGAAAGGUGAGGCGCGGCGGUGAGAGAGAAAAAUGAGGGACUACAGACUAAGCCCAAGCUUUUGAACUUAUGCGUUGCUCUUACAUUUUUUUCUCUCACCGCUGCGUCUCGCCUUUCUCUCGUCGGUUGAUUUUCACGCGCGCUCCCGUUCGCUCGCUCUACUAUCCCUGAGGAAAAAUGGGGACUACUCGUAGUCUACCCAAGGGCUGGACUGAGCGUCUCCCUCUCUGACCUUUUGACCUAUCAUUCUCUUUUGGUAGAGCGCCAACCUCGUUCUCAGGGUCCUCUCUGGGAAAGAGGGUGGGAAUAGUGCUUGCUAGAGAGCGGAACGUCAUGCGUUCGAUUCCCGGGGCCGGUCCAAUACUCAGGGUCUUAAAACAACCGGGAAAUGAAGGUACUUCCUUUGCCUGCAAAUGGCUAGACCUUCGCGUGGCUCAGAUGACUACGAAAAAUGGCGGUUCCGUCUCCUGAAGGAGACGUGAAAGUAGUAUCCACAAUGAAUACUUUCUUGCAUGAUACAUUGAUACUUUCAUCAAGCACCGUUUUUUUUUUUUUUGCCGGAUUACCUUCACGGUCUUCCGCCCUUAAACGGUCCGUAAAAGGUUUUGUAGCGUGCAUGCAAAACCGAACUGAACUACAUUACGACUCGAAACUGUUUGAGAGGUUCCGGUGCAGUAUCACAUCAACGGUUGGACUAAUGUACCUAAGGGAAUAAUUACAGUAUCAACGAACAAUUUAAGUAGCAACAAAAAAUUACAUUUUUUGUUUUGCUUUCUCACCACAGACAAAGGAAAGAUUGCCUUCACCGUGCGACUCCGGUAGAUCUUCGCCAAUCUUCGUUUCGGGAUACGAAGCCGAGCGACAACGAAACGACAUUAAGCAGUUUGGACGAGAAGCAGCUUGUAAGCUAGCUGAAAGACGAGCGGAGUAUGCAAAAAGAAGAAUGAAACAAGUACAAGAGGAGACUGUCAUAAUCGAGGUAAUGAUUGCGUUAGAAUUAAAUCUCAACUAACAAUGAACUAUAUACAGGGCCAAAAUUCAAGUUUACUUUGUUUCCAGGGUUAUGAUUGAAACUGUCACAAAUAGUAUAUGCUCAUGCCCCAAGGAAAAGUAACAAGCUACAAACUCUAUCGACUUCACCUUUUUACGCAACAACGAGUUUCUACUUUGUAUAACACUUUUAUACGCAGCAUCUCUCAUUUUUGUUCAUAAAAUUACUGUAAAAUGUCAAAGACAAGAGGCAGGAGAGGCCAACUAAAGGUAGCCGGGCUCAAUUCCCAGCUCGCGCUGUCCCGGAAAGCCUCAAGGUGGCGGGAUAUUCUGUAGUUACGACAAGAUAGGUUUUCUGGUUUAGAGAACAGGCGUUAAACGAUAUUCUUUUUUCGUUCAAUACUUAAGCGCAACAUAGAGGAAGCCGUCAUCAACAAGCUAGAGCUACUUAAAAUGGCUGACGAGUUAGAAAAGCAAAGGGAAUUCUUCAAAGGCCGAAAAGCUAAAUUAUGGCGGCGAUGUGCAAACAUGGCGGAAAUCUUGGCCAAAGAAGAAACAGAAGCAGCAUUAUGGCAGCAAAGAUAUAAGAAAGCUAUGAUGGUUGCGCCAGGGAACAUGGCAUUUUUCUGA